GGAAACGGAUGGAGAUUUGAAGCCAAUCAAAAGGUGAAUUUCUCCUCACCGAUAUAUCUUGGCAAUAUUCUGCCACUCUCCGCCCUCUCCGCAUUAUGUCAUCACUGCUCCCCGCCAAAAAAAAUAUUUCAUCCUCCGUCAACUGAUAUGUGGAUAGAUCGGAGAUAGAAACAAUAAUUUGAGAGUUGGAACACCCUCCAACGAUUAUCUCAUUUGUGCUAUCUGGAUUAAUAUAUGAAGGCUCCGGUGUAUCUAUACUACUACCCCUUCUCACAUUCAUUGGUUCUCUAGUAUUAUGGCAGACAACACGGCCCCGCCAGCGGCCACCCCGGUAUCAGCUACCGCUGAUAAGCCCUCAAAUCAUACGCGCCAGCCCAAAAAAAGGUUCGUUGGGCGUAAGACAGCGGAUUCUCAGUCACAAAGCCAAAAGGAUGGAGAUUCUCAAACGUCAAAUACAACGUCCCUGCAGCAAGCACGAACCCGACGAGCUCCGCGAGCUUUAAAUCAAGUCCCAGCCGAAAUCCUAGACGAUGAAGACAUCAAAGCGGCAAUCUCCCUUCUCCCGCGAAACUACUCCUUUGAGAUCCCCAAAACCAUCCACAGAAUACGAACGUUGGGUGCAAAAAGAGUAGCCUUACAAUUCCCCGAAGGCCUCCUCCUCUUCGCAACUACAAUAUCCGAUAUCCUCACCCAGUUCUGCCCUGGGACUGAAACCUUAAUUAUGGGCGAUGUCACAUACGGCGCUUGCUGUAUAGAUGAUUACACCGCGCGUGCGCUAGGCUGUGACCUACUCGUCCACUACGCGCAUAGCUGUCUGAUCCCCGUCGAUGUCACCACGAUCAAAACCCUAUACAUCUUUGUCGACAUAAGCAUCGACACACAACACCUAAUCUCUACACUAGAAAGGAAUUUCCAGAGUGGAAAAACCAUCGCAGUCGUCGGCACAAUCCAAUUCAACGCAACCAUCCACGGACUAAAGUCCACCCUGGAAAAGGCCGGCUACUCCAUCCUCGUCCCACAAAUCACUCCGCUUAGCAAAGGUGAGAUCCUAGGUUGUACUUCCCCCAAACUACCCCUAGACCAAGUCGACAUCCUCCUCUAUCUCGGUGAUGGCCGCUUCCAUCUCGAAUCCGCCAUGAUCCACAACCCUUCCCUCCCCGCGUACCGCUAUGACCCAUAUUCCCGUACCCUCUCCCGCGAAUCCUACGACCACGAAGAAAUGCUCACCCUGCGCCGCGACGCCAUCAACGCCGCCAGAACGGCACGGAAAUGGGGUAUCAUCCUAGGCUCCCUGGGCCGGCAGGGCAACCCGCACACCAUGGCCAAGAUCGAGAAGCAGCUGAAUGAGCGUGGGAUUCCGUUUGUGAAUUUGCUGCUUAGUGAGAUUUUCCCGGGGAAGCUGGCGUCGAUGCCUGAUGUGGAGUGCUGGGUGCAGAUUGCGUGUCCGCGGUUGAGCAUUGACUGGGGGUAUGCUUUUGCGAGGCCGUUGUUAUCGCCGUAUGAGGCGCUUGUGGCUCUUGGGGAGAGGUUGGGGUGGGAUGAGGGGAAUGGUGGGGUUUAUCCGAUGGAUUUUUAUGCGAAGGAUGGGUUGGGAAGGACGAGACCGGAGGUGGCGGUGGGAUGUACUGCUUGAUUGCUUGGUGGAAUAUGGUUAUGAUUUUUGGACCAAUCACUUUGGAAUGCCUCCACUAAUAUGUAUAUAUAUUUAUAUGGAAUACAUACUAUACAAGAGAGCAAGCUUGUGCAUUAUCAUGGAAACAGGGCAAGUUCCGUCCAAGGAUGGGAGGUAGAAGCUUUUCUCCACGUAUAAAUUACAAUAUAAUGACAAAUACCUCGGGUCAUUGGCAAAAUCGCUCAUAGCCAGAACAUUUUUGCUUUGUUCAUUCACUGUUCCCAAGAAAAAGAGAAGAAAAGGACGGAACCAAAAAUAAAGUUUAAGGAUUUUGUACAUUAAAAAUGUCGUUUCACUUCAAUUCGUCAGCGCUGUCCAUAUUAAUAUCACUCGCACUGCCCCUUCGCAGGGAUAACAUGCUCUUACCACCCAGGUCAUCGACAGCCCUCUCCGCCGCACGCCAGCUCGACACUGCCUUCUCCACAUCGUCAUACAUCUCCAGCGUAUCAUUGAUGAUGCCCCCCUCAUCCAUGUCCGAAACCUGUGUUCCCUCCCGA